AUGACUCAUACCGUGCCACAAGUAAGUCAAGGACUCGGUUUCGUAUCACUCUGGAAUAAGAAUUCCAAGGUUAAUGUGUGGCUUCAGUUGAAAGACAAGUCUUUGUUCAUUGGAAAAUGCCACAUCGACAGUGAAUGGGUUGAGGCUCAAUCGGGAAAGACCUUUGAGGUCAUUGAUCCAGCCACCAGCAAAGUCAUCGGAACGUGCCCGGAAUUCAACGCAAAAGAUACCGAGAGAGCCAUCCAGGCAGCUUCGGAUGCAUUCCCUUUAUUUCGUAAGACGCUGGUACGCGAAAGGUCUCGACUGCUGAGGCGUUGGAAUGACCUCAUUCUGCAAAACUUGGACGACUUGGCGACCUUGAUGACUUGGGAGAAUGGGAAACCGUUUACCGAGGCCCAAGGCGAGGUCAAGUACGCUGCAGCUUUCAUUGAAUGGUUUAGCGAGGAAGCCCCCCGCUUAUACGCCGAUACGAUUCCUGUAUCCGUUCCUGGCAGCCGAGUUUUAACAAUUAAGGAGCCUGUGGGUGUGUGCGGCUUGAUCACUCCGUGGAACUUCCCUGCAGCCAUGAUCACCCGUAAGAUCGGCCCGGCAUUGGCGGCUGGCUGUACGGUUGUCGCGAAAAGCCCCGGGGAGACUCCAUUCACUGCCAAUGCCCUUGCGGAACUAGCCGUUCGAGCGGGUAUUCCUAAAGGUGUGAUAAACAUCGUGACUGCGCUGGAGAAUACCUCUGAGGUCGGCCAGACUCUCACCACUCAUCCGGAUAUCAAGAAGGUCUCAUUUACGGGCUCGACCCGUGUGGGUAGACUCCUAAUGGGACAGGCCUCUGCUAGUGUGAAGCGGGUCUCUUGGGAACUUGGCGGCAAUGCUCCGUUCAUUGUCUUUGAUGACGUGGAAGAUAUCGAUACCGCAGUUGCUGGCGCUCUUGCCUCGAAGUUCCGAGGUACUGGACAAACCUGCGUCUGCGCUAAUCGAAUCUACAUCCACCGAUCCCGCUAUGAAGCCUUUGCGGACCUACUUGUCAAGCGCAUCAAGAACUUCAAGGUCGGACCUGGAUUCGCUGAGGGUGUCACCCAUGGGCCUCUCAUUCAUCCUGCAGCUGCACAAAGGGUUGGCGAUCACGUUGCCGACGCUAAAUCUAAAGGUGCUCGUGUCCUUCUAGGUGGGAACCCAAUGAAUGAACUAGGGCCAACCUUCUUUCAGCCUACGGUCUUAGCUGAUAUGACCCAUGAUAUGCGCAUUGCCUAUGAAGAAACGUUUGGGCCCGUGGCAGCCCUAUUCCCCUUCGAUACUGAGGAAGAGGUGAUCCAGCUAGCCAACCGCUGCGAAGUUGGCCUAGCGGCGUAUAUCUUCAGUGAUAACAUCAGAAGAGUCUUCCGCGUGGCGGAAGCUCUCGAGGCUGGUAUGGUGGGUGCCAACACUGGCUCUGUCAGUGAUGUCGCUGCUCCAUUUGGUGGUGUGAAACAGAGCGGUUUCGGCCGCGAAGGAAGCAAGUAUGGAAUCGAGGGAUUUGUGAAUGUCAAGAGCAUCACCUUGGGUGGAAUAUUCUAA